AUGUAUUCUGACGAAGAAGAUGACCCCAUGUUGAAAGCAGCGAUCGAGGCUUCCCUCAGAGAUGAUAGCAACACAGCUCCCCUCAGUGAAGAUCAUGGUAACGUUGCUCCCCUCAGUGAGGAUCAUGGUAACGUUGGCCUAUCUUCGCCUGAACCGCCAUCAAAGGAUGUGGUUGACUUGACCUACGAUUCUGAUGAUCAGUCGGCCGUGCAGGAAGUCUUUCAAAAGUCUAAUUCUAUGGUGGGGCCCGACACUGAUGACGAAGCUGAGCAAGACAUGCACGUUGAUGACGAAGAUCAAGGCAUGCAAGACGAUGAGGAAGACCUACGGCGAGCAAUCGCCAUGUCACUGCAAGACUCCCAAGAUGCCGACUUUCCAUCAACCGGAGGCGAGUCAGCUGGGCCCACUCUGAGCAAGUCCCAUUCUCCCCCUCGAGGUCUCCUUGGUCUGGAUCGAAAGCAAAUGGAGCAAGAGCGUCUUGCCCGAAUGAAGAAACGCAAGCCCGAAGAUUCUGUUUCUCCUCCAGGACAGCCCCGAACCAAACUCCACAAGGCUGGGUCUGAAUCAACUAAGACUCUCUCUGCCCAUGAUUCCAGUACCACUUCUCACGAAUUUUCAUUGCAUAGCUCGCCAUCCACUGUUAGGCCCACUGCGCGACCAGCUAUUCAGUGGCCACUUGGGGCCGUCAGAAAGACGCACGUUGCCAAUACAGAUCGUGGUCCAGAUGAGAUUACCAUCGAGGAGGUUGUUCAACGAAGUGACCUGCAACUUGGCGUCUUCAGCUCUUUUCUUUGGGACAUGGAAUGGUUCUUUACGAAGUGUGACACGUGGCGAACGAGAUUCCUCCUCAUCAUGCAUGCCAAAGAACAAGAAUUACGUGAUACGAUGAUAGCUGAUACCAAAGAUAUGAAAAACAUCCGACUGUGUUUUCCACCCAUGAAUGGUCAGAUCACCACUAUGCAUUCGAAGCUGAUGCUGUUGUUUCAUACGAAUUACAUGCGCAUUGCUAUCCCAACAGCUAAUCUUACAAGGACCGACUGGGGAGAGGAUCGCUUGAUGGAGAAUACCGUCUUUCUUAUCGACCUACCGAAGAAGGAAAGCAAUGGCAUUGAAUACCCAAAGACGUUUUUUAAUGAAGAGUUGCUCUACUUCUUGAAAGCUAGUACAGUGCACGAGAGUGUGAUUGCGAAGUUGGAUGACUAUGAUUUCACUGAGACGGCACGUUACGCCUUUGUGCACACAAUUGGCGGCAGCAGCGGACCCGGCCCUGACGACUUGUGGAGACGAACCGGAUACUGUGGCUUGGGCCGGGCUGUGAAGCACCUGGGCUUGGGAUCUCUCUCACCCAUUAAUGUUGACUAUGUGGCCUCCUCCAUCGGAUCACUCAACAACGAGUUUAUCCGUACUAUCUAUCUCGCUUGCAAAGGAGAUGAUGGGCUCGCUGACUAUACGAUGCGCUACGCGAAGUCUGGAAUUGGACAUACCGACCCCGAACAACAGACUAUGAUACAAACUAGUAAAGAAUGGCAAGGCCGCUUCCAUGUCUACUUUCCUUCAGAUGAUACUGUCCACUGCGCCCAUGACAUCCCUGAAAAUACCGCAGGCACCGUCUGCUUCCAAUCUAGAUGGUGGCAGGGCGGCAAGUUCCCAAGGGAGAUAAUGAGAGACUGCAUUAGCAAAAAGCCUGUUUUGAUGCACAAUAAGCUUAUCUACGUCUGGCCUGCCAAGCCGAUCCUGCUCCCAAAUAACCGCGAAUGCAAGGGAUGGGCUUACAUCGGUAGUGCCAACAUCUCUGAAAGUGCCUGGGGUCGCCUUGUCAAAGACCGCCAGACCAACCGACCGAAACUGAACUGCCGGAAUUGGGAAUGUGGAGUGUUGGUUCCCGUUACGACAAAGGCUCCUCAAAGUCUCCAGGAUGCCGAACUGCGCGACUCGAGACCUCAACCCCGAGACCUCCCUGCUGAGAUUUUCGAGAACACAAUCCCCGUUCCGAUGAUUAUUCCUGCGCCUUCACUGGAUGACCAGCUUAAGCCCUGGUUUUUCAUGGGAGAGGAUUAG